GGAACUCCAUUUCCCACAAUCCCUGCAGAUCUCCGGGCUCCGUAUUAAAAGCCGCUGAAGGAGCCGCGGAACUCAUUGAGCGCCACAGCGAGGCAGCCCAAGCCCAUCGUGGGAGGGACUACGGCGUGCGCUGGGCUUCUCAAUGAUCUGCCGGUGAAGGGCAGCUGGAGAGCCGCUGGCUUCGAAACUGAAACAAGGGGUCUGGACAAUGACGUGAAUGAAGGCAACGCCAAAGGGGAAAAAAUUAAAUAAAUCCGAUGGCUUCACUGGAAUUGGUUUGCCUUAAUAAAGAAAACAACCUGCCCGAUGCCAAGCACGACAGCGACUGGGUCGUCAGCGCACUUUAUAGCUACAAGGAGCGGGGGGUCGCGUGCGGCGAGCAGCAGUGUCACUCUGCGCUAAGAGCCGCUGUCGGCGACGGAGCGCUCAGUUCAGCACCAAGGACAGCGACCACUAAGGGCGCGCCGCCGCCCCAGCCCCUCGACAGGGACAUCAGGGCGUGCUGCUGCGAGCACGAACUGGAGGAGACCGCGUUCACGUACGUGGAUGAAAACGUCAAUCUGCAGCUCGCCGGCUCGCAUUUAGCCCCCAAAAGCCAUUACGAGCAAGCGGACCCCAGCCGCCCGCAUGAAAUCCAACAGGAAGCUCCGCCGGACUUGUCGCUCAUGUCGGAUGAUGAAACUUCUUCGGAGGCUUCGGGGAAAUCGGUCGACUACGGCUUCAUCAGCGCGGUCACGUUUCUCGUGACGGGGAUCUCCUUGGUUGUUAUUUCCUAUGCAGUACCUCGAGAUGUCAACGUGAAUCCCGACAGCGUGUCGGCGAGGGAAAUGGAGAGGCUGGAGAACGAGAGCGCCAGGGUGGGAGCUCAUCUGGACCGCUGUGUGAUCGCGGGGCUCUGCCUGCUCACCCUGGGCGGAGUUGUGUUGUCCACGUUGCUCAUGAUAUCCAUGUGGAAGGGGGAGAUCUACAGGAGGAAAGCGCUGGCUUAUUCCAAAGAGUCCGCUAAACUCUACGGCUCGAUUCAUUUCCACAUGGACUCGAGUUCGCAUGGCGCUACCUCGCAGACGUGCAUAGUGGAGGAAGACGCGGUGACCAUCGAAUGAAGAGUUGGGAGAUGUGGCCGUCGGCUCCAUGGGGGCUGUGCGCUCAUUUCGUGUCAUUCAGUGCUUCGGAGUGGAGUGAAUGCACCUCAGCGUUAAGUGAACACUUUACGGGUGGGCUCUGGUAAAGGUGGGCACCUCUCAUCUCACAUGAAAUGAUCCACCAGGUCUUAGUUAGCUUCGCGGUUACAUAAACCUCAACAUUUUUCAAUACUUUUGGAUUAACAAUUUUAGCACAUUUAUGCUACCCCUGUAAGCAUCCUGUAGGUAUAUACAUAUAUAUUUUUUUCUGACAGAUGAAUGGGGUGGGGUCUCCUACGACUAACUGUUUUAAAUGCCAUUUCUACCCUCAUAAACACCAAAGUGGCUCCUUAGAGUGACAACAUGGCGGACACUGCAGUUACUCAACUCAUCCCACAGAGGGCUGCAGUGAGCUCAGGUUUUGGCUCCACCCACUUUCUUGAUGUUGAUUGGACUCCUUUCCUGAAGAAUUACACCAACACAAAAUGCUAAAUUCAGUGCUGGUUGAAGCCCCUUUGGAUCUCUUGAGUCGAAUAGCAACCCCUCGUUGACCAUACCAGGUAGGCAGUAGUAGACUUUUGACUUUGACCAGGGAGGGGUCCCCCCUCGGUGUCCGGAGUGCGUGCCGAUUCAGUUACACAAUUGGUGUCCCUCUGUGUCCUAACCACAAGACUGUGCACCUCUUGACUUUCACAAGCAGCACCCCUAGUGGCCUGACUGGUUCAGGCUGUAAUCACCAUUUUGAAUUUUCUGGUGUGGGCCCCCACAAGAAGCACCUCUGGGUAAACCCACCACAGUCUCACUUUUUUAUGUUACUUCUCCCAUGUAAUUUGUAGUGAGAAAAAAAAAAUAGUGUGUUUUCAUGGAGAAUGAAGAUAACAAAGCUUUGGAUGGAAUAGGUGUCGAUGGAGACCAACAGCAAACCCAAUGAGAAACACCCUUGAAAGAAUCUCAUUUGUCACCAAAUCCACAUUUGUGUUAUCCAGCUGUACACUCAAAACAUGCAAAACACUUGCUUAUUGCUCACUAAAUCACAGAUGUAAAUCAAACGCUUCUGGAAUAAUCGGCCCACCUUAUCAACACAAAGCUAAAGGCACAUGGGAUUGAAGACCCGCCUCUCCUCCUCAUUCAUUGGUCAAGAAUCCUGUCUAUUCCGUUCAAAAUAUCAGUCCCAUGAGGCUUCAGUUUCAUGUCUAUGAAGUGUUCUGAUUAUUCCAGAAGUAUCUGUUUAAUAAGAGAUAUGUGUGU